AUGGGUGCCUCUGUUAUUCGUGAAGAUCUUGUGGUGAAAUACACCCACGUCCCUCCUGAGGCCAGAAACCCAGCUACUGGUAUGAUGGCCCAAACUAUGCCAAUGGCCUCUAUGUUUAUGAGAAAUAAAAUGAUGAGUUGGGCUUCUUUCUGCAUUUGUGUCCAACAUUACAUGAACUUCCGUAAUGUUAAACUUUCUGAAGAUGCGAAUUCUCCACUUAUGAGUCUUAUUCUUGCUACUAUUGGUCUUGUUACUGCUUACAUUGAUAUUCUUGUGCCAACUCCUCAGAUUAAGAAAAAGGCUGCAGAAACCGUUGCUGACGCCGUUACUUCUGUUGUUGCCACUGCGGUAGAGACUGCUACUGGUAUUUAA